AUGGUGCUGGCUCCGCUCGGCCCGCUGGCCCCACCCUCCGCGGUCACACCACCGCCCGCCCGCCCGCCGCUGCGUCACACAGACAAGAUGGAGACCGCCGAGGAAGAUAUAUGCAGAGUAUGUCGGUCUGAGGGAACACCUGAGAAACCGCUCUAUCAUCCAUGUGUGUGUACUGGCAGUAUUAAAUUUAUUCAUCAAGAAUGCUUAGUUCAGUGGCUUAAACACAGCAGAAAAGAAUACUGUGAAUUAUGUAAGCACAGAUUUGCUUUCACACCAAUUUAUUCCCCAGAUAUGCCUUCACGGCUUCCAAUCCAAGACAUCUUUGCUGGGCUGGUUACAAGUAUUGGCACAGCAAUACGAUACUGGUUUCAUUAUACACUUGUGGCCUUUGCGUGGUUGGGAGUUGUACCUCUUACAGCAUGCCGUAUCUACAAGUGCUUGUUUACUGGCUCUGUGAGCUCACUACUGACACUGCCGUUAGAUAUGUUGUCAACGGAAAAUUUAUUGGCAGACUGUUUGCAGGGUUGUUUUGUGGUGACUUGCACUCUGUGUGCAUUUAUCAGUCUAGUGUGGUUACGUGAACAGAUUGUCCAUGGUGGAGCACCACAGUGGCUGGAACAAAAUCAGCAACCGCCACUCAAUGGUGUUGGCCAACAGAAUGAGGCUCAGGGUGCAGGAAAUGCUGGAGCUGAUAAUGCUGCACUGGACCAACCAGCCAAUCCACCUGCUGAGAAUGCAGUUGUAGGAGAAAACCCUGAAAUCCAGGAAGAACAAGUAGAUGAGGAAGAGGAAGACAAUGAAGAUGAAGAAGAUGCUGUAGCAGAAGAUGCAGCAGAUGCAAACAAUGGAGCACAAGAUGACAUGAAUUGGAAUGCUUUGGAAUGGGAUCGAGCUGCAGAAGAACUUACCUGGGAGAGAAUGCUUGGGCUUGAUGGAUCUCUGGUUUUCUUAGAACAUGUUUUCUGGGUGGUAUCAUUAAACACAUUGUUCAUACUUGUGUUUGCGUUUUGUCCUUACCAUAUUGGUCACUUCUCGGUGGUUGGCCUGGGUUUUGAGGAAUAUGUUCAAGCAUCUCACUUUGAAGGCCUGAUCACAACAAUAGUUGGCUAUGUGUUGCUAGCAAUAACUCUAAUUGUUUGUCAUGGUUUGGCAGCACUUGUCAAGUUCCAGAGAUCCCGUCGCUUAUUAGGAGUCUGCUAUAUCGUUGUUAAGGUUUCCUUGUUAGUGGUGGUAGAAAUUGGAGUGUUUCCCCUCAUCUGCGGCUGGUGGUUGGAUAUAUGCUCCUUGGAAAUGUUUGAUGCUACUUUGAAAGACAGAGAGUUAAGCUUCCAGUCUGCCCCUGGUACCACAAUGUUCCUGCACUGGCUAGUGGGAAUGGUUUAUGUCUUUUACUUUGCAUCCUUCAUUCUGUUACUGAGAGAGGUACUGAGACCUGGUGUCCUUUGGUUCCUUAGGAAUUUGAAUGAUCCAGAUUUUAAUCCAGUUCAGGAAAUGAUUCACUUACCAAUUUAUAGACAUCUUAGGAGGUUUAUUUUAUCAGUGAUUGUCUUUGGGUCGAUUGUCCUGCUCAUGCUUUGGCUUCCUAUCCGUAUUAUUAAGUAUCUGCUGCCUAAUUUUCUUCCGUAUAAUGUCAUGCUCUACAGCGAUGCUCCUGUGAGUGAACUUUCCCUGGAGCUACUUUUGCUUCAGGUGGUGCUGCCGGCGUUGCUUGAACAAGGACACACAAGACAGUGGUUGAAAGGUCUUGUACGAGCAUGGACUGUUACUGCUGGUUACUUACUGGACCUUCAUUCCUACUUACUUGGUGACCAGGAAGAGAAUGAAAACAAUGCAAAUCAGCAGCCUAAUAACCAGCAUGCUCGCAAUAACAAUGCCAUUCCAGUUGUAGGAGAAGGUCUUCAUGCGGCCCAUCAAGCCAUACUUCAACAAGGAGGACCUGUGGGUUUCCAGCCUUAUCGUAGGCCUUUAAAAUUCCCGUUCAGGAUAUUUCUGUUGAUUAUUUUCAUGUGUAUAACGUUACUGAUUGCCAGUCUUAUCUGCCUUACAUUACCAGUGUUUGCUGGGAGAUGGCUAAUGUCAUUUUGGACGGGAACUGCCAAAAUCCAUGAACUAUACACAGCUGCUUGUGGUCUUUAUGUCUGCUGGCUAACCAUUCGGGCAGCAACAGUACUAGUUGCAUGGAUGCCACAGGGUCGCAGAGUGAUUUUUCAGAAAGUUAAAGAGUGGUCUCUCAUGAUAAUGAAGACGCUAAUAGUGGCUGUGCUGCUAGCUGGUGUGGUUCCACUUUUGCUUGGUCUUCUGUUUGAACUGGUAAUUGUUGCGCCUUUGAGAGUCCCUUUGGAUCAGACACCUUUGUUCUACCCAUGGCAGGACUGGGCUCUUGGAGUUCUGCAUGCCAAAAUAAUUGCUGCCAUAACACUGAUGGGUCCUCAAUGGUGGCUAAAAACAGUUAUUGAACAGGUUUAUGCAAAUGGGAUUCGUAACAUUGAUUUACAUUUUAUAAUUCGUAAACUGGCAGCACCCGUCAUCUCUGUUCUGUUACUUUCCCUUUGUGUACCUUACAUCAUUGCUUCUGGUGUUGUACCUUUAUUAGGUGUUACUGUUGAAAUGCAGAACCUGGUACAGCGUCGGAUUUAUCCUUUCCUACUUAUGGUGGUGGUUUUGAUGGGAAUCCUAUCCUUCCAGGUCCGCCAGUUUAAGCGCCUUUAUGAACAUAUUAAAAAUGACAAGUACCUUGUGGGGCAACGGCUUGUGAAUUAUGAGCGAAAAUCUGGUAAACAAGGCACAUCAACAACACCACCUCAAUCUUCACAAGAAUAGAAUGGUCAUAUUAAACAUCUUGACCUUCCCUUUUGCCUUUACAUGUCCUUUUUCAUAGACUUUUCUUCAAUAUUUGGAUAUCUUUCUGAUCCUCUCAGCAGUGUUUUUAUUUUUGGCUUCUCUUUGUAGCAUCCAGAUAGCAGUUAAGGGUCUGCUCCUUUACCUGCAUUUUCUGAUGUUAUCAAUGCUGUCUGAGGUCUGUAAAUGUGUAAAUAGAAGUAUCCUGACGCCCUAAAACCUUGGAUUAAAAAGAAUGUGCAUUGUACAUCUUUAAAAAAAAGUAUAUUAAUUUAUUAAAUCUAGUUGUCACUUUA